UUGCCGGUGUAUUUACAUUAUUUAUUUAUUACGAAAUCAUUAUAUACUUUUAAAAAAUAAUAAAAUGAUACAGGCGCAACGUCAACGUGUGGAGUCCGCGGUAACGGAGCUCAUUGAUGAUAUGGACAAGACACAUCUGCGGAAGAUGCAGAAUGAAAUGCAUUUGUGUGCGGCCAAAUGCUGUCAGGACACAACCUCCAGCGUGGAUAACGUGCAGCGAUGUGUUGAUCGGUGUUCGACGCCCAUGACGCGUGCGCAAAACUAUGUGCAACACGAGUUAGGAGAAUUUCAGGGCAGACUGCAGCGUUGCGUCAUGCAAUGCAAUGAUGAUGUUAAAGUUAAAAUGCCGGCCAAUCCCAAUGAGGAGCAAAUUAACAAGUUUACCGAUCAAUUUGAACGCUGUGCCAUACAGUGUGUUGAUAAACAUGUCGGACUUAUACCCAGCAUGAUGAAAACUAUGAAGUCUGUGCUAUCCAAAGGACCUGAGGGAAUACCACAAGUUUAAGUUGCUAUGCCCUGCAUUUAUUAUAUAUCUAAUUAUUUGUUGAACAAGUUUUAUAAUGUGGCAAUAGAAUAUACACACUAACA